AAAUAAACGUAAACUCUUCUGGGACGGUGGAAGACGAGUCGUGAAAGGCGCAUGCGCACUGAGCGGGUAUGUCCCCACACAGAAAAAAAAAAAAAAAGGAAAAAGAAAAUCGCUCCAUUGUGACGUCGUCGCAGGACGGAGGCGGAGCUGUUCGAGUGUUCUACUCGAGUACUGUGACGUCACGCGUACCGAAAAUGCCAUUUAACCGCAUUGUCGCUAAAGUAGACGAAGACAAAACAACUCGUCGGGGAAGCGCUCGGAAUUGUUUAUUCAUGUUUUUUUCCGCCCUUCUAGGACAUAAGAGAAGCCUCUUGACGCACGCGCAGUGACGCAAGCGGUUGAAGCCGCAGCUGACUGAACGAGCGAAGAAGAAAAGUGGAGGAGAGAAACAGGAAGUUGACAACAACUCCAAAGACGCAGAAAAAGCAGGGAGCGUAUGCUCGGUGAUGACCUGUGAAAAAAAGCGGAGUGGCUUCCAAAUCACCAGCGUGACGUCCGAAUUCAGCCAAUCAGCUCCCGGUGUGAUCCUGACAGUCAUCGAAUCGACGGGCGCCUCCCAUAGUCCCCGGGGCAGUUUCUCCCAGCCCACGACGCCCUCCCUGAAGAGGAAACAUAUAUCCCACGAUGUCUUAGGGCAGGGGGCGGGCGCCUCCUCCAGAUUUCGACUGGUGCGCUUGGCAGGAGGUGGCACGGGCGGCCGGGGACAUGGCGACACGUACUGGCGUGGCCGCUGGAUGUGCACGGACGUUACAGAAGGGCCGGGGCUAAAGCAGGUCAUGGACAGCAUGAGACACGCCCAAUCGCUGGAGUCUCUGGAGUCAAUUCGAGGACCAUCUCAGCCAGUCAGGCACGGGGAAACGGUGGGCCGACUAGUGCCUUCUCCACAUCCUCCAUUACACUUGGCCGUUAAUGCCGGGGGGGAGUCUGUCCUCAGGCUGUCACGUUCUCAACCAAGUUCGCCUCCCCCCACUCUGACUGUCAUCCCCACUCGGGCAGCGUUCGGCCUGGACCAGAGCGCCGCCUUUAGCCUGCCGGCGGACAUCAGUGUGGUUGCCAUCGACAACAAGAUCGAACAGGCGAUGGACCUGGUGAAGAGUCACCUGAUGCUGGCCGUACGGGAAGAGGUGGAGCUUCUGAGGGAGCAAAUCAGGGAGCUGCAAGAGAAGAACCAGCAGCUGGAGGCCGAGAACCGCGUCCUGCGCACGCACACGCACUCGGACCCAAGGCCUCACUCGCCCUCCGCCGCGCCAACGGGCCAACGGGACGACGGUCCAAUGCGGGAGGGAGUGUGAGGGUUGCUACGGCCACAGCACCUUUCACAUUUCUGUCAAACAAAAUUUCCACAAAUUGUAUAACAGUGCCUAACAGUGUAAAAAAAAAAAAAGAAAACACACUAUUAUCCCCUGUUUGACACAUGGUCUAACCCAUGGUUAACAUGACAUACUUCCAUCACUCAUCCAUCAAUUUUCCACACUACUCGUCCUCAUUAGGGUCGCGAGAGGUAGGGGUACACCCUGGACAGGUCGCCGGCCAACCACGGGGUAGGUUUUGACAAACAAACGUUCACAUUCAUAUUUACGGGAGCUGGGACAAACCCUAAGAAAGCAUGGGGAGAACGUCAACAAUCCACCGUGCUGCCCAUCAAAUAAACAACAUUGGCAGUUGAUUUGAUGUUGGAUGGCUAUGUAUGUCCCUGUGUGAUCUCAGUGCGAGAUGUAGGGAGCUUAAAAUAAAUUGUCUAAAAAACAAAA